AUGGAUUCCGACACAGAUGCAUUUAAGGACAUAAGGAUUUCAUGUGUUGACCUUUCUAGGAUCGCUUUUUUACCUACCGAAUCAUUUGAUCCAAAUUCGUUAGCGCUACUGGCAUGUUUAAAGAAAGUUGAAGAGAAGUUAUCAACAUACAAAGACGACUCACUUUCCCAAAAAUUUGCAGAUUAUGUUUUCGUUCCUAUUGCAAGUUUAUUAAAACAGCCAGCUCUCGGUGAGUCUCAAACAGAAUACGUCCUGUUAAUUAUAUUUCAUCUCUUACGGAUAUGUUGGUCAUCUAAUGGUAAAUUUUCCGAGCAAUUGGGGCAACAUUUGUUUCCCUUGAUCACAUUUUUAAUCAGUUCUGAUAAAGAAAAUCAAAAAUUAAUUUCCAGAUCAGACGAGUUCAAAUACGCCGGUUGUUUAGCUUUAUGUCAGUUCUUCAAAUCAAUAAGAUCGCAGCAGUACAGUAACGAGUUCUUCACGAAUUCAAAAUCUAAAUUACUUCCCGCCUUAGGACAUUCUGUUACUGUUCUGUUGAAAAUUCUGGAGCAAUCGCCUCAAAAUAAUGAGCUUCAAUUGAAGGUUUUGGCAUCUCUGGAAAUACUAUUUCAGGACAUAAUAUCUGAUGGCGAAAUGCUUUCAUUUAUACUUCCGGGGAAUGUUUCUGUCUUCACCAAGAUACUUAUCAAACCAGGCCGUCAAACACAUUAUAAAGUGUGCAUUCGCACGCUGGAGGUUCUGGCAAAAUUAUUGGUUUUGGUUUAUGAUGAUUUUAGUUUGCAAGUUAAGAUAAACAAGCUAACAGAUAUUCGAGAGUUGAGCGAUGCAAAGUUGAAACACGAGUUAAACCAACCAUUUUCGUUUAAUGAACCUAUCGUUUUAUCAAGCACAGAUGGCAAGACCCAUAGAGACACAAGUUGGUUGAGAGCGACUUCUGGCCAAAUCAAGAUUGCUUUGGAGGCUUUUAUACCCAAAUUAUUGAAACGAAACAACGAAGCAAUCGAUGAGGCAUUAGCGACGUUUGUAUCAAUCCUUUUAACAAGAUGUGAAAAGUCCUUACAUAAUUGUGAGAACGUGUUGGUAUCCGCUUUAGUAAAUUUGCAGCGUGAUCCGAUGUCCAAAUUAUCCUCACAUUUGGUAAAAUUAAAGGAACUUGUCAAUGAAGAUCUGCAUAAACUCAGUGACAUGAUUCGGUUUGAAAAUGCGGAUAAACUAUCGUCUUUAUCAUUUGCAAUUACUAUUUUAGAGAAAAAUAACGAAAAAGAUAUGGUGGUCAAUGGGGCAAUUAAAUGUUUAUUUGAAUCGGUUAAUGAAUCUAUUGAACCUCCAAAUUUAAUCAACCAUAAGGAGAAAAUAAUUGAAGAAAGUAGCCAAAUAACAACUAUGGUACAUUUCGAAAACUUAGAAAAUAGGAAUGCAGUAAUUGCUUUGCCGAGAUUGUCCGAAGAUAUGUCACUUAAACUGGAAAAAUUUACAUAUCAUAUUGGCUCUUUGUUAUCAGAAAGAGACAUGCUCAACGAUGUGGUGAUAGAGCUGAUUUCGGAACAAGUUAAUUCACCAAGGACACAGAAGAUUGUGGCACUAUGGUUAAGUACCAGUUUUUUAAAGGCAGUGGGAAAGCCACCGAAGCGGGAAAAUGAUUAUUUACAAUUUGAGCCAAAUGUCAACGAUUCGUAUUCUGUGGUUGAAGAAGCGUGUUUAAUAGUAUUGGAAUUUUGUAACGAACUUUCUCAAGAUAUUAGCAUGGAGAUUGAAGGUAAAGGCAUUAAGAAAAGUGAUGAAUUUGCCGUAUGUACGAUUUUAUUCUCUAUUGAAACUAUUUGUGCAGUUAUGAAAAAUGAGUUCCAACCAGAAUUGAUUGACUAUAUAUAUACCGUAAUUGAUGCCUUGGCAUCACCUUCUGAAACCAUCAGGCAUGUGGGCCAGUCGUGCGCGUUAACCAUAGCAGAUACGCUAUAUCAUGGAUCUGUCCCAAAUAUGAUCUUAAGCAACGUAGAUUAUCUUGUGGAAUCUAUUUCUUCGAGAUUGAAUUCCGGGAUGACUGAAAGAGUUAGCCAAAUAUUAAUGGUGAUUUGCCAAUUGGCUGGCUAUGAAACCAUUGAAAACUUUAAAGAUGUUAUUGAAACGAUAUUCAAACUUCUGGAUUAUUACCAUGGAUAUAGCGAUCUGUGUCUUCAAUUUUUCCAACUAUUUGAAAUCAUUAUUUUGGAGAUGAAAAAAAAGUAUAUCACUGAUGAGACGAUUUUGAAAAUAGCUAAUCAACACAUUUCACAGAGUACCUUUUCACCCUGGGGUAUGACUGAUUUUCAGCAAGUACUUAAUAUACUAGACAAAGAAACGCAUGUUAAAGAUGACAUGGUAGACGGGAACGGCGUCGAUUUUUUGAAGGAUGAUAAUGGCCCCAGUAAUUUUCAAGAAUAUUUCGACUCCAAACUGAGAGAGCCGGAUAGCGACGAUGAAGAAGAUGAGGUGGAGGGAAGUCCCAGUGGGGAAGCUGAACUGUGGACCUCACCUAUACCAAGGGAUUCAUAUAAAAUAUUAUUGCAAAUUUUGGGCUAUGGGGAGAGAUUAUUAACUCAUCCAUCAAAACGAUUAAGAGUGCAAAUUCUUUUUGCUAUGAGGCUUAUCUUCCCCUUAUUAUCAACACAACAUAAUCUGUUGAUAAGGGAAGUUGCUAGCACAUGGGAUUCCAUUAUACAGUGCGUCUUAUGUGCUGACUAUUCGAUUGUUCAACCUGCGUGUACUUGCGUGGAGCAGAUGAUCAGAUAUUCUGGUGAUUUUGUCUCCAAGAGAUUUAUCGAGCUUUGGCAGAAGUUGUGCCAGGACUCUUUUAUAUUGAAGGAAUUGAGGAUCGAUCCAACCGUGCACAACCACAGGAAAAAAUCGAUAGGUAAGCAUGUAAAAUUCCCACCAGUAACUGAAAACGCGCUGGUAUCAGUGGUGCAUAUGGUGCUGGAAGGGGUCAAAAUUACUGAGUAUUUAAUUUCUGAGGCGGUACUGGAACAAAUAAUAUAUUGCUGUAUUCAGGUCGUGCCGGUGGAGGAAAUAUCAGCUAUGUCAUUGAUAAUGGGUGAUAUCGUGUGGAAAAUAAGAAAUGUAAAUUGA